CGCAGUGGAAAAGCAUCAUGUUGCUGGUGGUGGCCAUCACCGUGCACAACAUCCCCGAGGGGCUCGCCGUCGGCGUGUCGUUCGGCGCGGCGGCGGCCAGCGAUGACGUCGCCAACUCCUUCCAUGUCGCCAGGACACUAGCCCUAGGCAUUGGCAUUCAGAACUUUCCAGAGGGCUUGGCGGUUAGUUUGCCGCUGCAAGCCGCGGGAUUCUCCACUUGGAGGGCGUUUUGGUAUGGCCAGUUGUCCGGCAUGGUGGAGCCAGUGUUCGGCGUGCUCGGUGCUGUAGCGGUGGCGGCAGCGGAGCCCGCACUGCCCUACGCGCUGGCCUUCGCCGCCGGCGCGAUGAUAUACGUCGUCGCCGACGAUAUCAUCCCCGAAGCCAACGCCUCAGGCAACGGCAAGCUGGCAACGUGGGGCUGCAUCGCGGGCUUCAUGGUGAUGAUGUGCCUGGACGUGGGGCUCGGCUAACGGCCCGCGACUUCCCUUCGUGUCUUCUCACCGCGACCACGGCUCCCAGAUAACAAUCGCUGUGGAGCGCAAGACAAACUGAAAACAGAGCAGAAACA